CGGAACCUUUCCCCGCCGCCGCCUCUCCUCGCCUCCCCCCACACGCGAAAGGAAACUCCAAGGACACCCCGAGGCAAGGAGGGACAGCAGCCGCGGCGCCUCUCCUUCCCCCCGCCCUCCCCACGGCAAUGUCCAAGGGCUUGAAGAAGAAAAGCCACUGGACGAGCCGAGUCCAUGAGUGUGUCAUCGUGAGGAACCCGGAGGGCCAGCUGGGCUUUGAGCUCAAGGGGGGAGCCGAGAACGGGCAGUUCCCGUACCUGGGGGAGGUCAAGCCCGGCAAGGUGGUCUACGAAAGCGGCGGGAAGUUGGUGCCCGAAGAGCUGCUCUUGGAGGUGAACGAGACCCCCGUGGCCGGGCUCACCAUCCGGGAUGUGCUGGCGGUGAUCAAGCACUGCAAGGACCCCAUCCGGCUGAAGUGCGUCAAGCAAGGAGGCAUUGUUGAUAAGGAUCUCCGUCACUACCUCAAUCUACGGUUCCAGAAGGGUUCAGUGGAUCACGAGCUUCAGCAGAUCAUUCGAGACAAUCUCUACCUCCGAACAGUGCCAUGCACUACAAGGCCUCAUAAGGAGGGGGAAGUCCCUGGUGUGGAUUAUAUUUUCAUCACUGUUGAAGAUUUUAUGGAACUAGAGAAAAGUGGUGCUCUUUUAGAAAGUGGAACAUAUGAAGAUAAUUACUACGGUACUCCAAAGCCUCCUGCUGAGCCAGCCCCACUACUAUUAAAUGUCACAGAUCAGAUACUCCCAGGUGCAACACCCAGUUCGGAAGGCAAACGGAAAAGAAACAAGUCAGUGAGUAACAUGGAAAAGACGGGAAUUGAACCUCCAGAAGAAGAGGAGGAAGAGAAAGCUGUGGUCAAUGGCAAUGGCACGGCAAUCACACCAGAGUCAAGUGAACAUGAAGAAAAGAAUACAGGUGCCUCAGGUGAAACUUCAUCUCAGCCUUAUCCUGCUCCUGUUUAUAGCCAACCGGAAGAAGUAAAAGAGGAUAUGGAUGUAACAAAGCAGCCAAAACUUGAAGAAAAUGAUGAACUGGGCCCAUUGCCUGAUAAUUGGGAAAUGGCUUACACAGAGAAAGGGGAAGUCUACUUUAUUGACCAUAACACAAAGACCACAUCAUGGCUGGAUCCACGACUGGCAAAAAAGGCUAAACCUCCAGAAGAGUGCAAAGAAAAUGAACUACCAUAUGGCUGGGAGAAAAUUGAUGAUCCCAUUUAUGGCACUUAUUAUGUUGACCACAUAAAUAGAAGGACACAAUUUGAAAAUCCCGUUUUGGAAGCCAAAAGGAAGUUACAGCAGCGUACCAUGCCCAACGCAGAACUUGGAAUCAAGCCUAUGCCAGCCCAAAGUUUCCGAGAAAAGCCGCUCUUCACCCGGGAUGCCUCACAGCUGAAAGGCACUUUCCUCAGCACCACUCUUAAAAAAAGCAAUAUGGGCUUUGGAUUUACCAUCAUUGGUGGGGAUGAGCCCGAUGAAUUUCUCCAGGUGAAGAGUGUCAUCCCUGAUGGGCCCGCAGCACAAGAUGGCAAGAUGGAAACAGGUGAUGUCAUUGUCUACAUUAAUGAAGUUUGUGUCCUUGGACAUACUCAUGCAGAUGUAGUCAAACUCUUCCAGUCUGUUCCCAUUGGUCAGAGUGUCAACCUGGUGCUAUGUCGUGGAUACUCUCUGCCCUUUGAUCCUGAAGAUCCUGCCAACAGCAUGGUGCCACCACUCACAGUUAUGGAGAGACCUCCAGUAGUAGUAAAUGGAAGACAUAACUAUGAAACUUAUUUGGAAUACAUUUCUAGAACUUCUCAGUCUGUUCCAGAUGUAACAGAUCGGCCACUACAUUCCUUGCACUCCAUUCCAGCAGACAGUCAGCUUGAUAGCACAUUCCCACCACCCAUUCAUGAUGAUAAUGUCUCAAUGGCUUCUUCAGGGGCCACUCAAGCUGAACUCAUGACCUUAACCAUUGUGAAAGGGGCCCAGGGCUUUGGCUUCACUAUAGCAGACAGUCCAACAGGACAGAGAGUGAAGCAAAUUUUAGACGUUCAGGGGUGCCCUGGUUUAUGUGAAGGUGACCUCAUUGUUGAGAUCAACCAGCAGAAUGUACAGAACCUGACCCAUGCAGAAGUAGUGGAUAUACUUAAAGAAUGUCCAGUUGGAAGUGAGACUUCUUUGUUUAUCCAUAGAGGAGGAUUCUUUUCACCAUGGAAAACUCCAAAGCCUAUGAUGGAAAAAUGGGAGAAUCAAGGCAGUCCACAGACAAGUUUAUCUGCUCCAGCGGUGCCACAGAAUAUUCCCUUUCCACCCGCCCUUCACAGGAGUUCUUUCCCUGAUUCAACAGAGGCCUUUGACCCAAGAAAGCCUGACCCAUACGAGCUGUAUGAGAAAUCACGAGCUAUUUAUGAAAGUAGGCAACAAGGGCCACCCAGGACAGGUGUUCGAAUGGAUUCCUCAGGUUCAGAUUACAAAGAGUUAGAUGUUCAUCUUCGGAGAAUGGAAUCUGGUUUCGGCUUCAGAAUUCUUGGAGGAGAUGAACCAGGACAGCCAAUUCUGAUCGGUGCAGUGAUUGCGAUGGGCUCGGCAGACAGAGAUGGCCGCCUGCAUCCUGGCGAUGAGUUGGUCUACGUCGAUGGACUUCCUGUGGCUGGCAAAACUCACCGAUAUGUGAUUGAUCUCAUGCAUAAUGCAGCUCGAAAUGGGCAAGUGAAUCUUACUGUGAGAAGAAAGGUGCUACCUACAGGAGAACCAUGUCCAGAGAAUGGCAGAAGUCCAGGCUCUGUGUCUACCCAUCACAGUUCUCCAAGAAGUGACUAUGCUACAUAUGCCAACAGCAAUCAUGUUGGGUCAAGUAACAAUGCUACGCCUCCCGAGGGCUUUCCUUCGCACAGCUUGCAAGCGAAUGAUGUCAUCAUCCAUCGCAAAGAAAAUGAAGGGUUUGGCUUCGUUAUCAUUAGCUCCUUGAACAGGCCUGAAUCUGGGUCAACAAUGGCUGUACCCCAUAAAAUAGGCAGGAUAAUUGAUGGGAGUCCUGCUGAUCGCUGUGCAAAAUUAAAAGUCGGAGACCGGAUCUUAGCUGUGAAUGGCCAGUCUAUUAUUAACAUGCCUCAUGCAGAUAUUGUGAAGCUAAUUAAAGAUGCUGGUCUUAGUGUGACUCUUCGCAUCAUUCCUCAGGAGGAGCUGAGCAGCCCAGCUUCCGCACCCAGCUCAGAAAAACAGAGUCCCAUGGCACAGCAACACAGCCCUGUGACUCAGCAGAGCCCUGUAGCACAGCCGACACCUCCGCAGCCUCUACAGACUCAAGGACAUGAAAAUAGUUAUAGGUCAGAGGUAAAAGCAAGGCAGGAUGUGAAACCUGACAUUCGGCAACCUCCAUUUACAGAUUAUAGGCAGCCUCCAUUAGAUUACCGGCAUCCACCAGUGUUAGAUUACCGGCAAUCCCCCCCUUUGGACUACCGGCAGCAUUCUCCUGACACCAGACAAUUUCCCUUAUCAGAUUACAGACCGCCUCAGGAUUUUGAUUAUUUUACUGUUGACAUGGAAAAGGGUGCCAAAGGGUUUGGAUUCAGUAUUCGAGGUGGAAGAGAAUACAAAAUGGAUCUCUAUGUCUUGAGAUUGGCAGAAGACGGACCAGCAAUAAGAAAUGGACGAAUGAGGGUGGGAGAUCAAAUUAUUGAAAUCAAUGGGGAAAGUACAAGAGACAUGACACAUGCCAGAGCAAUAGAACUCAUCAAAUCUGGUGGCAGAAGAGUACGAUUGUUACUAAAACGUGGAACUGGACAGGUCCCAGAAUAUGACGAACCAAACUCCUGGAGUUCUCCCGCUGCCACCUCCCCAGGUCUGUCGGAAGUAACUAUUUCCCCUGAUGACAUUGUCUCGCCAUUAUCUUCAUCACAUCUAGCCCAAUCUUCUGACCCUUCCCGCCAGAUAAACCCAGAAUCAGCUUGGGAUAUCAAGAGGGAACAUCAUGUAAAAAAACCAAAGGAGCUCUCAGUAAAUGGCCACAAAAAGAAAAGGUUAGGUGAACAGACAGAGAGAUCUGCAAGUCCUAAGAAGGUAGACAGGUCAAAGCAUGAAGACGUUUUGAAGAAAGGAAGCUCAGAAGGCAAGAGUAAGACCAGUGAAAGUGGCAGGCCGCUGCCAGAGAUUAAGGUAGCGGGACUGAACACAAUGGCCGAGGCUGGCGUCAGAGAACAUGGAUGUGCUGGACUCAAUGAUGAAUGGGUUGGGAGAUCCAAGUGGCUGGAAAGCAAAAGAGGGGGAUCCCUUGGAACAAAGGAUCACUAUGUCACAGUUGCUGCAGAGAAGAAAUCAGCUGCAGCAGCCGAACAUGUCAAGCUGGAUUCCAUUGGUGCUACCAAGACAUACAGUAGCAAUAGCUGCAGCUCUCAUGGAAGUGACAUGGAUCAUAACCAGAAAGAAUCUGACCGGAAGCCCAGUGAAUUCUCACGGAAGGGACAUGUUCAUUCCAUUACAACACACAAUACCAAUCCUACAGCUCGGAAGGCAACUGUCUCACCAGGUCCAUGGAAGAUUCCUGGUUCUGAUAAGCUACCUGGUGUUCUAAAAUCUAGCACUUCUGCAAUGAGCAGAUAAGUCAACUGUUAACGUUGCCUUCUCAUUGUUUCACGGUGAUGCAGAACAUCCUUCUUAUUUCUGUCUCACAUUGUUUUAAUUUAUUUUAACUCAUAUACAUACCUGCUCAAAAUAUGGAAAAAUGAAAACAGUAAUGUGUAAUUCUAUGACAACAUGCAUAACGUCUUAAUAAGUUAAUGGAAGAUAUAGUCACUCUUGUAUCUAACUGUGACCUUAAUGUCCCCAGUUUCAUUUCAGAGACUUUGGCAGCUAUGGAAGAAACCAAAAUAAUAUGAAGGACAGUUGACCCACAAAGACAGUGCAGUGUAGCUUUAGUUUGAUGUUUUCCACUGCAUGAAGGCCUUGGGAUUUUCAUUCAGACUUUAUAUAAGAAACUGGAAGAAGUUAGAGCAAUCAUAAACUGGAACAUCGCCUUAAAUAAAACUGCACGGAGAAAGUUAAAAGUGAAAUAGAAUAUUUUAUCUGAAUUAAAUGUUGUAAAUAAAUAGUUCUCAACAUAUCUAGACAGGGGUUUGAACCAUUUGAAAUUGUAAAUCCAUGGUAUGUCUCUACUGUUAACACUUUGGAAAAACUGCCCAAUAUUAGUAGCAUAAUUCAUUAUGCCGGGUGAACAACCCUAGUGGAUUAGCUAAAGCAGAAUCAUUUCUACUUCCAUUUUGUGUACAAACCAUCUUUCUGUACAUUGAGAAAAGAGGGUGGAAUUGUAUUCAGAAAUCUAGCCUCAGAAGCAACAUUAUAGAUUUCUCCCACACACGCAUGCAUACAGGCACACCUAUAGAUUUGGAUUCCCAAACAUCACAUAGGUUUCACAUAGGUAAUUGUGACAUAAAAUUGCUGGGUCACUGUAAUGAGUGAUUCUUCAAAGAUUAAAAACUGAAGUUUCCUAUCAGAACAGCCUUGGUCUCCUGCAGGAACUCAUAAUUGUCUAAAUACUAAUUCAGCUUGUUUUUAAUAUGAAUGUCUUUGAAUUUUAUUCUCCAUCACACUCUAGAAAGUCUAAAAUAGAUGUCCACAAAAGUCCUGUUUUAUUAUAUAAAUCCACCAGGCAACUACGUGUUUCUUCCUUCCAUAUUCUGUGUCUCUCUUGCUUUUAAAUUUCACGUGUUCAAUGCCAUAACAACAUUUCAUUUGCACACUGAUGAAGUGUGGCUUCCUCAAUGAGCUCCAUGAAUCAACUCUUAUUUUUGAGAGGUUUGCUAUUUUUUUAAGCAACAGCAAUAGAAUCAAGAGCAGCAGCACUCAGUAAUAAUAUUUUUUUUUUAAAAAGAAAAUUAUUAUUUAACUUGAAAAGAUUUCCGGGGCAAACCCUCACAUUUCUCAGAAGUAACACUGUUUGGUGGGCAGAAUCCAGUUACUUUUAAGAUCAGCGGAAGUUUUGAUUUGGAGAGGGGUAUGAAAAUGUGAUUGAAUACUAGCCAAGCAGCAGGUCACCACACUGCUAGUCCCACUCAACCAACAAUCAGAGUUACCUGUGUUUCAUUUAUUUUCUUUAGGAGCUAUGGAGCUAUCUUUCUAUUAAAUUAGAAUGAAAAGAAGAAAGGAUUUUGCACCUUUGAAAACAAAAUGCGUAUUUAAGAUCUAGUCCCAUUAUAGUUUUUUUAAGAAAGCACAAAGAUAUGUAGCUGUUUACAAAAUAGAAUAUCUGUCUAUAUAUAUUAAUUUAAAAAAUAGAGAUAUAUCUUUAUUCCCAGCCUAGACAUUUGGCAUAAUUUGCUGUUAAUUUAUUAAAUCUGAAAUGUGGACAGAACUUCUCUAAUCAGCAGGGAAGGAUAUGUCCUGCUGUGUCACUUCCUUCAUAUAAUGAACAGGAACAAACAGCAAAGGGGGAGAAAACUGAAAUUUUGUUUGCAUAAACUUCAGUUUGCACACUGUCCAGCCCUCCUCUGUGCAGAUCACUGCUUUAUGCGGCUGUAAUUGAUAACCCGUGAAGACAUCAUUUAAACCCCAUUCUGAAUAAUAUUUCUGUGUAGUGUUAGCUGUGAAUUUACCUUGUACAGCUCUAUUGCUAUAAAUAUAAUUCCAUGUAUUAAUAGUCACAGAAAAGCUGUAAGUGAGCAACUAUUUUUAUGAAACACACCACUAUGGAUAAAUUAACUUUUACAGAAAUCUUGUUUACUGUAUGAUAUUCUAAACCACUCAAAUAAAAUAUAUAUCCAAGAA